GACACAAGUUCCUCGUCUCCAUCUGUGGGCGGCGAGUUCUUUCCAUAGACACGCACCCGCCGGCUGGCAAGUGGAAUAUUUAACCAGACCCCUCCGCUCUCCACCGGUCGUCGUCAGGGAAGUCGAGAAGGACGAGAUGAUCAGUGAGUACCGUGCUGUCCACCCGUACAGUGAGCGAGGUGUGUCCGACCAAACAGACGGCCCGCCGGUCAAACAGCUCUAUCACCGAGGUCAGGGUCACUCAGGUGACUGGCCAGGUGACUGUAUGACGUGCGGUCGUGAGGUGGCCAGCUUCCUACACAGUCUCCGUGAUGAUGCUCUGGCACAAAUCUUGACAACAUCCACCCUCGAAGGCACCACAACACCACCUAAGCUGCAGUGGAGAGACAUGCUGGUGUUGUGCUGGGCACAGGCUAGAGUGGACAUGGGCAUGAUCACAGGACUGCAAGAAGCGGGUAUCCCAGUGCAGGUGAUGACGGAUGAUGACAUCGAGGAAGUCGCCACGGCCCGCAGUGACGUGGUGUGGGUGGCGGAUACUAAUGUUGUUCGUGGUCUGGAGAGAAAAGUCGUCGUCUGCGUUGAACUUGAUCCAACUUUUAGUAUUUUGUCCAGCCCUGCCCGACUCCACUCCAUGUCCCGCUGUACAUCACAACUUGUAAUUGUCUCCCCUGCUGACUAGUCUUCAGUAUAAUUAAUCACCACUAAGCUGAUGAAUGUUAUUUAAAAAAAAACAACAGCCGACCACACUUGCUUUUGUACCUAACUGUAUCUAGAUAGCUUAAUGCAGCUUUACUUGAGCACAUAAUUUUUAAUGGUUUUACUAUAGUAUAGAUCAGACCUGGGUAAGGGCCGGCCCGCCUCCAGUCUCUGAUCGGCCCGCCCACUGACCCGCCCGCCAGUAUAUAUACUAUGUAUACAGUAUUGGGUAAAACUGAGUUCGCUAUAUUAGUCCGGCCAUCUAAAACCAUCCCAAUUUCUCAUGCGGCCCCUUUGGAAAAUUAAUUGCCCCACCCCCCCCUGCUACAGACAUAAAUGGGGAAACGGGACAUCAUUUGUCAUCGACCUAGUUUAUCGAGAAUGACUACGACUGUCAACAUGUGCGUCAGGGUUCUAGACCACGUGCGUAGUUCACUACCAGAGAAAUCAGUGUCAAAACGAUUCUAGCAUUUUACUCUUGGCUGAUCGUGACUUUUAAGUGGUGAUUUUUAACAACAACAACAACAACAACAACAACAACAACAACAAAAAAGGUUUUGUUAAAUGAGAAUCUUAUGUGGCCAUAGAGCAAAAGAACAAAUGGUAAAAGUGAGGUUGAAGUCAAAAUAUCCUGUGAUUGUGAUACAGGGUGGUUAUGUCCCCACCCUGUUGAUACUAUAUCUUUUCCACAUAUUAAUGAUUUACUUAAUUCUUGUACUUGAUUCAGCACUUUCAUUUCACACGUUUUAUGCCAACAAAUAGCUAGGAUACUCAAAUGUCUCUUUUUUAGUCCGCUUAGUUAUUUUUUGCUGUUUUUUCUUAUGUAACCUGAUUGCAGAAUGAAUUUUAUUUGUACUUGUGGAUGGAUAAAAAGACAAAAAGUUAGGAAACAGUGUCUAUUGAUGCUUUGUUGAUGGACUAUUUUUAUAAGCUUUGGUCUUGCAGCUUUUUUACCUUAUCUACUAAUUGUAUGUAUAUUUUAAUUCACACAAUUUGAAAGUAAAUUUUAUUUUGACUA